UGUAUUUAGGCGGGCGCUUGGGUGGGUUUCUGCUCUCUUGACCAAGUGCUUCUGUCAAUCAAGGCUUGAACAAGAUGGCAGACAAAGGGAGCUGGGCUUUGGCAAUAACAGUCUGCGCGGCCGGUUUUCUGCUGGUGCGGGCCGACAUUCCCAAAAAAACUCCGGCAGGUCAGCUGUUUGUCUAUGAGCUGCACAGAGACGUUUUCCAGAGUGAAUUCGAGCCGCUUCAUAAAUUCUACGGUCGUGUUUAUAAUGACCCCAUGGUGUUCAAAUGCAAUAAGGAGCGAUUCCCAGAUCUGCCCCGCUGGCUCCGCUUCACCCAGAGAGACCCGUAUGAGAACGGAUUCCUGUACGGGACGCCGCUGCCGCAGGACCAGGGCAUAAACACCAUAGAGAUUUUCGUGAUCAACAAGCGGAGUUACGACACGUUUAAAGAGAGGCUGGUGAUAAACGUGGGUCCUGCAGAAAAGCAGAUGCCGUACCAGGCCGAGUUCUUCAUAGAGCGCAGAGAGAUUGAGAAAGUGCUGCCCGCUGAUGUUCAGGAGGAGAUCAGACUGGACAUUCAGAACCUGUGGGGAACCGGCAGACUGGAGUUCGUCAACAUCACCUCUGCUCUGGACAGGGGCGGCCGCGUCCCCCUGCCUCUGCCAGGAUAUUUUGAGGGUGUGUAUGUGAAACUGGGGUCAGACCGUCCUUUUUCCAAAUGUAUGCUGCGACUGGAGACGGCGGAGCAUCAGAGAGAGUGUGAGUCUGGAGGGAAGAUCAGCGGAGACUGCAGCACCUGCACCAACCCCAUCAACUGCAUCACCUGGUGCAGAUCUGCCCUGUUUGAUCUGUCCAAGCCCACUCCUCCAGCUCCAAUCCCUACCGUGGGCUCGGGCGUCCUGGCGUGGGGUGGGGAGUUCAGUCCUCCGGAGUCUCCUCCUGACAGAGAUUUCUUCCCUGAUUACAUUGUCACCAUCAUCGUUCCCUUGGCUCUGGUCCUGAUCCUCUGCCUCAUCCUGGCCUACAUCAUGUGCUGCAGGAGAGAGGGAGUUGUGAAACGAAAUGCCAAGACUCCUGAUCUGCAGCUGUAUCAUCACCACACCAUCCAGGAUAACGCCAGCGAGCUGCGCAGGAUGGCCGGCGGCGACAGGCGCACCGUGGACCGUCCUCGUCAGUGUUUACAGCCGCUCCUGAUGGCGGAGCAGGCGAUGGCGGAGAGCUGAGGGACAUCAGAGCCGUUCUAACAGCCACCGCCGGUGGAAAUAUGGUUAAAGUUCACUGUUUGUGUCUUGCUUUGCGUGUCUUUGAGGAAUACUUCACAAAAAAAGAAAACACCUAAUAAUUCACUCAAAAAUGCUGUUCCAAAACCAUGUGCUUUUUUUGUGAAACACAAGAUUGUUUUGAAGAAUCUUCACACAGCUUCUUUCCAUUCAACAUCAGUACACAUGUUGUUAAGCUCUAGAAACAAAGACAAAAACACUAUUAAACCAUUAGUCCAUAUGAGUCGUGCUGCUGUGCAGUAUAUUUUUGGGUGGUUUUAAGUCGUUGUGUGAUGAACUAAAUGAAUCUGUUAGUCACACAAAGCUUUGCUUCAUAAGUCAUAUGGAUUACUUUUAGUAAGGACCAUGAGUAUCACUGUCAGUGUGCACCGGUCAAAUCUGACUAAUUUACCCUUCUGUAUAACCUUCAGUCAUUUGAUCACACCAGAACAUUUAGAUUUUUUUU